CUAUGGAGAUCAUAUAAACAAGAUGGCUACCGGUGUACUUCAUUGAAGUUACUUGUAGUGUAGUGAACUUGAACAUUUCCUGAUAUCUUCUGUCUCCAGGAACAGUACUUCACUUGGCGCUUGGUUUUAAUGCGCACACAUUUAAUCGAAACCUGCACUUAUAUAAGUCGUGUAUUCACUACGUAGGUACAAAAGGGGAUGCUGCAUCACUGAUGCAGUUUAAAUCACACGAGUAAUGUUGAAGGUCAUUCCGAAGAUAACGCUGCUUCCAUGGAGUCCGCUUGCAAGAAACGCACAUCGAAAACUUACUAGCUUCCCGCCUCCAUUUGAGUCGCUGUUUAACCAAUGUAUAGCACACAAAGAUCGUACCGCAAUUAUUGAUGUGCAUGGUAGCCACAGUUAUGCGAACAUACUUGCCCGAAGCGCUUCGCUUAAAAAGAAAUUGGAUCCAUUCCUUAAAGAAAAAUCGCAGCAGCGCAUUGCAUUUCUCUGUCCAAACGAUUCUCGGUAUGUUGCAGCGCAAUGGGCAUGUUGGCUAGGAGAAAACGUUGCUGUUCCACUGUAUCGAGAACAUCCGCGACCAGUCCUUGAAUAUUACAUUAAAGAUUCUCAAAGUUCAGUCCUAGUUACUACAGAGGAAUAUGCUGAUCGUUUACAGCCGAUAUCGAAAGAUCUAGAUUUGCCUAUUGUAGUCACCGAUUUAGAGAGUGCGGUGCUUGAGGACAUCAUGCCCAUCACAAAGCAGGUGUUGGAAGACUGGAAGAGGAUGAAGAAAAAGAAUGCCCAGAUUCUUUAUACAAGUGGAACAACAGGACCUCCAAAGGGAGUUGUGACGACUCACCACAAUAUAUAUGUCCAAUCAGCUGCUCUUCUCAGCUCGUGGGAAUACCGCCCGUCAGAUGUAAUACUGCAUACACUUCCGUUACACCACACGCACGGCAUAAUAAAUGCUCUGGUAGCCCCACUCUACGCUGGAAGUAUAAUCGUCAUGUUACCCAAGUUUGAUGCAGCUGAUGUGUGGAACUACCUCCUAGAACCGCCUGCAGGGGUUCCUCGACCUAACGUUUAUAUGGCUGUGCCCACGAUUUAUGCAAGGUUAAUAGAACAUUAUAAUAAACUUUUUACUGGUAGUGGUCCAUACUCCAGAAGUAAAGAAUUUAUACGAGCAACAUGCGCACAAAAAAUUAGACUCAUGAUCAGUGGAUCAGCUGCACUCCCUCUCCCAGUUCUCGAGCAGUGGAAGGAAAUUACAGGCCACACAUUAUUAGAACGUUACGGAAUGACCGAAAUAGGCAUGGCUCUCGGCAACCCUUUGCACGGAAAAAGAAAGCCAGGGUUUGUGGGAAAACCCUUUCCUGGAGUGGAAGUUUCCAUUGUCAAGCAAAAUGCCUAUUCUAACAAAGGAUAUGAUGUCAUUGCAUCCGGUGAUCACCACAAAACAACAGUGAUGCAGAACCAUGAAAAUGAAUGCGGAGAGCUUCUUGUUAAAGGGCCAAAUGUGUUCAAGGAGUAUUGGAAUAGACUAGAUGCUACUGAAGAGGCAUUUACCAGUGACGGUUGGUUCAAAACAGGGGAUACCGCUCAGUUUACUGAUGGCGACUACCGUAUCCUGGGCCGCACUUCAUCUGACAUUAUUAAAAGUGGCGGCUACAAAAUUAGUGCACUUGAUGUGGAACGUCACCUUCUGGCCCACCCUAACAUCCGCGACUGCGCCGUCGUGGGAGUUCCUGACCUCACCUGGGGCGAGAAGGUCGCCUGCGUUGUUGCUCUGCAUGACCCCAAGAGGACGCUGACUUUACAGUGCCUUCGUGAAUGGGGUAAACACGAAAUGGAUGCUGCCAUGAUGCCAGCCGUGCUCAAAGUGAUGGAUGAUAUCCCGCGGAAUGCCAUGGGAAAAGUCAACAAGAAGGAUAUUGCUGCUCAGUUUAGUUGCCAGGCACGGUGAUAGAACAAAACACAUAAAAUAUAAUUAAUAAAUAAAAUAAAAUAAAAAAAACUUUGUUUUCUUG